ACAGCUGGAUGUGCUUUGUUUCCGUCCCUUCAGGACAUCACCACCCUGACAGGGGUCCCGGAGGAGCACAUCAAAACACGGAAGGUUCACAUCUUUGUUCCCGCCAAAACAGCCAUGCAGUCGGGAAGCCACAACACAACGUGGAAGCUGGACUUUGACACCAGGGAGCGCUGGGAGAACCCUCUGAUGGGCUGGUCCUCAACUGCGGAUCCCUUAUCCAACAUGAUGCUCAGCUUCUCCUCCAAGGAAGAUGCCAUCGCUUUCGCUGAGAAAAAUGGUUGGAGCUACGACGUAACGGAGAAGAGGAGCGCAAAGCCCCGAGUGAAGUCCUACGGAGCCAACUUCUCCUGGGACAAGAGGACCCGGAGGUCCGGCAAGUAAACUGAAGACGCCCAUCUGUUUUCGGCGUGACCCCCGAGUGUCCCGCAGCAGACCUGUAUCAUUCUUGUCAAUAAAAGCCUAAUUAUAUGUGUGUGAACCAAA